GGAGAUCUCCUCGUGGAUCAACCUUGAUGUAACCGUAACAUUUCUUUCUGAACAAGCUGGUGCUCAAGCUUCAUAACUACUGAAGCGGUACUACUGCAAUCUAGAAAAUACAAUGGCACAGAAGCUGCCUCCUCAAGCUCGCAGGCUCCGCACCAUCAUCGUCACGGUUCCUAUCAUGGCAGCAACAGCAUACGUACUCUACGAGCGCCUCGUGCUCGGAAAACCUCAAAGAACGUUACCUAGGGAGACACCACAACCUCUUUCUACAACCAAUGGAUUACUGCCCGAAAGCUCUCAUGCCGGGAGUGAACGCUGGUCAAAAGGAGAAUGAACAUUUGCGUUGUGAACUAUGGAAGGUGGGAGGGUGUGCGAAGGCGCUCUAUGU